AUGGUAAGAGAGAGGCUGACAAAGGAAGAUGAGGAAAAUAUCGACAUGAUUCUGAAUCCAUACCCUUUGGCCACGGAGGAUGCCCUGAACGAAAUCGAGAUGUCUACCGAUCCUGCAGUGCGCAACCAGCGUGUGGGCGAUCUUUCCGUCAUCUUGUCGAAUGCUGCAGCUGUUCUGAAUCCGAGGGUCCAGGAGAAAUUUCCACGGCUAAUCAGCCUGCUGAAAGACAAGCAUAUAUACAACUCCAGCGCCCUCAUGCUGUCGGACGCAUGCAGACACAUGGAAGGCAUCCAGAAUGCAUUUAAGGCCCUUGGAAUCUUCGAGCUCCUGGACUUCACCGUGGACCACUACAAGGCAACCUCGUCCUUAGUAUACUCCCUCUGCAUAGAGAACAAGGACAAUACGGCAUACUUCGUCGAAAAAUACUACAGCACGGAGCGGGACAGAGACAAUGCACUAAUUCAGAAUCUCAGAGGCCAGUCGUUCUGA